UCGUUUUUUGAAAAGUGGAAAUGUUUGUGACCAUAUAUGCUAAUUACCCCACCGCAGUGCGACCGGGAGAGAGAGGGGAUUCCAUUUCGUUUGUGGCAACAGAAGCAACAGCUGCUGCAGUGGGGGAGAAGUCGGUAUCAGCCGUACAUCUCAGCUCUGCAAGGUAGAAGAUAACCGAAUCGGAAAGGUCAGCCUGCCUGUUCCUCUUCUUCUGAAUUUACAAACCCUAUAUCUGUUUCCUUCUCAGGUUUGUCUCCCAUUCUUGCGUUGAGUUCCUCAAUCUCAUUCCGAAUCUGCGGCGCCACCUCUUUCUUUCUCUUAUUUCUUUCCCUCGGUUGUCCUUUUCGUAUGAAGGUCGGCCGAAUUCUGUUGAAUUCGCGCCACAUUUGUUGGCUCAAUUCUCUGUGGUUCAAUGGCUCGAGGGACAUGUUAGUUUGCCUGCAAUAAGCGGAAAUUUUGAAAAUUUUGCUAGGUUAUUGAGCUCUGCUUUCAGGAUUAGCGAUUGAUCGUGCGAGAUCUCUGGUUUUCCAACGGUUCAAUUGCUACUACUAAUUUGUUGCUGCAACAGUUUUGUCCUCUUUCCCCUUUGGGGAUAAUUUUUGGCUUCUGUUUUUUCCUCCUCUCUCUCCCCCCGGUCAGUGGACUGUAUCCGUCAAAAUUCAAUCUGGUUGGCUACCCUUUCUCCGAUUUGCUUGAAUAGUUGAGGCUGCGGAAUUCUGAUACAUGUUUGUGUAUGCAUGUUUAACCAUCAACGAACGGCCUUCAUGCUGUUGCUUUCUCGGCUGCUUGCAUUUGAUUUUAUCGCGGAUUCAUUCUUGGGUUUGUAUUUGAAGUUUGGGUGUCCAUUGACAGGCUUCGCGAUUGGCCAUCCUGCUUUGAGGGGCUCAUGACAUCGUCCAUGCAUGAUCUUUCUGAAAACAAUGAAGCGGAUGAGCAACAGAAAAACUCAGAAGAUCAGAUUCAAUCUCUAUCUCCAGCAGCAGUGACACAUCCUGGUGUUGCAUCCCAGAAGAUUCCUUUCUCGCCUGCUCCACAACUUGGGUCAGGACAAGCUAUGGUACCCCAAGCUUAUCCCUAUCCAGAUCCUUACUGUAGAAGCAUAUUUGCUCCCUAUAACUCCCAGUCAUAUGCCCCGCAGCCAUAUGGUGCGCAAUCUAUGGUCCAUGUUCAACUAAUGGGAAUGCAGCAAGCUGGAAUGCCUUUGCCAUCAGAUGCAGUUGAAGAGCCAGUAUUUGUUAAUGCAAAACAGUACCAUGGUAUAUUGAGACGCCGACAAUCACGUGCGAAAGCAGAAUCAGAAAACAAAGCUCUUAAGAACAGAAAGCCAUACUUGCACGAGUCUCGGCAUCUCCAUGCAGUGAGAAGAGCUAGAGGAUGUGGUGGCCGGUUCCUCAACUCGAAGAAGAAUGGGAAUCAACAGGAAGAAAACAACACUGGAUCGGGCGAUAGGACGGAAUCGAACAUCAAUUUGAACUCCGAUAAAAGUGAUAUGGCAUCCCCUGAAGGAAGGAGUUAGUACUUUAGAAUAGGGCAAGAGGCAGUGCAAGCAAGCGAUACAUGACGACGACAAACAUACAGUUGUUUAAUAUCAUGCUCGCUGAGAGGGAACCCUAUAUCCACCACUCUGGUCACGUAGCACGAUAGCAUGUAUAGCAGCAUCUUUUCUCCAGAGGCAGUGAGGUGUUUAGGUGAGUUCCGGCCUUCCGGGGCAACAGGCAUUGUAAUUAAGGAUCAGAAGGGUAAAAAAUAGGUAGCUUGGAAUGGGUUUUAUUUAGAAGAAUUCUCUAUUUUGAUGACAGGGAAUAGAACUGAUACCGCCAACAGUUUGCUUCUUAGUAUUGCCCGAUGUAGUGUCAGGCUGGCAGGUUCCCUCGUCCACGGGAGAGUCUCUUCUUGUCUAAUAGCUUCGAGUAUGAUCCUUGAACCUUUUUGUCUAAUAGCUCAGUUGAAGCAUUGUAGUCUUAGUAAAGAAUAAAGAUGGUUGCAGUGCCCGCGACAUUUGCAGAGCCCGUGAGCUGUGUAGACCCUCCUGGAAACAUACGAUCUUCACGGUUUGGGUGUUGACAUCAUGGUCUGCUAGACGUGAUAAUCUUCGUUUGGCGGUGAUAUUCGCGCUUUUUAC